UCUCCAUGUAUGGGGGAAGGGCGGGGAGAGAGAGAUACCAAGGAGAUCAAAGGAUUCUCACAUGCUGGGCCAUCCACCAUGUUAUGGAGAGAAGAGAUCAUGAGCACCGGGCAUGGGAUGAGAUGAAUGGAAACAAAGGCUUUGUCCACUGUGAUCAGAUGAUAAGAAUGGGCAAGAUUUGAGUUGAGAUUAGUAAUAUAUGUAUAUGUAUGCAUGCAUGCAUGUAUCCAUGCAUUUAAAACCAUACAUGAACAGGUGUCAGGCUCUCAUAAUGUUGAGGCUCACGACCUCCAAUGGCGGAUCCGAUGCUCCCUACACCGCCGCGGACACCCCACCGCCGCCGCCGCCGCUGCUGAUGGCGACGCACCUCCACCGCUCCGCUGCCCUUCUCCUCCUCCUCAUCUUAUCCCACGUUCUCGUCCGGCCGGUCCUCGCUUCCGGCGGACACGAUGGCGGAGGAGGCGCAGAGGAGGAGGAGUUCUCGGAGGAGCUUCUUCUGAAGCCCUUGUCCGAUCGGAAGGUCCUCGCCCACUUCCAUUUCCAGAGCACCGCUCUGCCCUCCGCCACCAAUGGCCGCCACCACCGCCUCUUCCCUAAGGCCAUCGCCCAGCUGGUCGAAAAGUUUCAAAUUAAGGAAAUGGAGUUAUCCUUUACUCAGGGACGAUGGAACUAUGAGAACUGGGGAGGAUCUGAUCCGAUGUCCAGCACCAAUGCCAAGCCCCCGGGUGUCGAGCUGUGGACCCUCUUUGACCUUCCCGUCACGCAGGUUGAUGCCACUUGGAAAAAUCUCACCCAUUCCCUUUCAGGUCUCUUUUGCGCAUCCAUCAACUUUCUUGAAUCCUCCACAGCUUAUUCUGCUCCUCGUUGGGGAUUCCAUCCAAAUUCUGACAACCUAAGAUAUGGUGCAUUGCCCCGCGAAGCAGUUUGCACUGAGAAUCUCACUCCUUGGUUAAAGCUUCUCCCAUGUCGAGAUAAAGCUGGGCUGGCUUCUCUAUUGGACAGGCCUUCUAUUUAUAAAGGCUACUACCAUUCCCAAAGAUUGCGGAUAGUCUCAACUAAAGUUACUGGUAUAGUUCUUGAACAGACACUGACUGUUGUGCUCCAACCAAAUGUCAAAAGGAAUAACCCUGUUUCUUCUACUGAGGGAUCUCUGCAGCCUAAUUGGUCCAUGAGUGCAGUAUUUAAAAAGAAGAUAACAGGACAGUGUGUUCUUGCCAAAGCUAGUAGAGUGUUCCUUGAACUAGAGGAAGGUUUAGUUGCUGAACUUGAGAAAAGGGUAUUUAGAGAUUCUUGGAGUAAUCCUUUAUUUGAAUUGUCUGCUAUGCCAGAUAGGGAAAUCAAAGAGAUCAACGCCUUGCAAGAUCAAAGUGGUUCAAUUUUAUAUGAGUUCAAGGUUGCUAACUACAACGAGUAUGAACCUUUGGAUGUGGGCAUGAUGUGGAAGGUUCCUUUGGUCUGGUCUUGUCCCCAUGCACCAUUCCAUGUGAGCCGGUUUCUAAUGGGAAGUGGAAAUGAACGAGGCUCACUUGCUAUAUCAUUGCAAUCCACCCAGUCGCAUGAGCAAUUCUUAGGUGGCUCAGAUGCUUGUACGCUACAAGUAGUUGUUUUUCAGGUUGUUCCAUGGUAUGUUAAAGUUUAUCAUCACACACUACAGAUUUUCAUAGAUGGGAAGCCUCAGACUGUCUCUGAUGUGAUUGAAAAGUUACAAGUGACCCCUUCAGAAGACAAGUUGUUACCUGGGACAUUGGAAUUGAUGCUUAGAUUUCCUUGCAGCAUGCACUCUGCUACGUUAACUUUAGACUUUGACAAGGGAUUCUUGCACAUUGAUGAAUAUCCUCCAGAUGCUAAUCAAGGUUUCGACAUUCCAUCAGCUUUAGUUAGUUUUCCUGGCUUCCAGUCAAGCAGAAGUUAUCAUGAAGAUGACUCACUGAAAAAUUCUCCCUUGCUUCUGAAAUUCCAGGAGAAGCAUGUUAUGCGGUCUUAUACAGAAGUAUUGCUUGUACCUUUAACAACUCCAGAUUUUAGCAUGCCUUAUAAUGUCAUCACUUUUACUUGCACUGUUUUGGCAUUAUAUUUUGGAUCAUUGCUCAAUGUCUUGAGAAGAAGGAUUGGUGAGGAAGAGAGAGAAUUGAAAAGCAAAGCUGCCAGGCCUGGGUUGAUCCCCCUGCUUCUAGCUAAGUUGUCUUCCAAGUUAAAAGGACGGACAGAUGAGUCAUCCCAGUCAUCGCCAUCAUUAUCAUCAUCUUCACCAUCUAUAUUAGGACCCAAGCUAUUAUUCAAAGUCAUAUUAAUUGCCGUGUUAGCUGUUUUUUGGAACUAUUAUUUAAACAAUGGCUGAGGUCAAUGGAUAAGCCAUAUACACUGAGAAUGGUUAUUGGUGUUAAUUGCAGCUGAGCUCUGAAACGGUCUAAAUCUGACUUGUAGCUGUUGAUCACGACGGCAGUGCUGUGCUUUGCUUUGUUCAGAUCUGGAUCCAACGGUUCUUUCAAGCACAAAAUGGCUUUUGCAUGUCUAGAUCUAUCACUGUUGAAACUUUAAAGAAUUGUGUUCACCAAGUGAAUUAUAUUUCCCUAACUUGGGUUUAGGAAACUUAGGCUUAGGAAAUUGUUGUUUAUUUGAUAAAACAGCAGUUGCAUGUUUAGACUUGUCAUUGUUGUAUAGAAAUAUUCGGCAAGAGGAACAUACUGUGGAUAUAUGAACAGGAUCAUCCUUUAGGAUGAGAAAGAUACCAGAGAUGCUUCGCAAAUUCUUUCACAUU